GUACGUUGACCCCGAUAAGAGUGACACAAGUGAUUACAAAAUGUAACUGUGCACAUCGUUAUGCAGAUAUACACACAUCACACAUGUAUGUCUGUGACCCGUUGGGUACAGAUCCCUUUGUGACAGAUCGGAGUUACUGACAUUGGUCUCUGUGAGUGACUUGACCAUUUGACCAUGUUGUUGUAUGUGGUGGACACGGUGAUCGGACUUUUGUACUUGUGUUUCGCCUUUCUGAUCACGUUUAUCAACUGCCAUCUCUGGUCAACGGUGGAGCGCGUGCGACGUGUGGCCAGAUGCAGGAAGUACAGGAAAACAUGCAAAGAUUGCAUCAUCAUAUUCUCUCGCUACCCCCGGGCAGGGACUACAAAAACGAGGCUCAUCCCCACCCUCGGGCAAGAGGGGGCAGCGUACUGUCAACUUCUAAUGACUGACCACAUACUGGACACAUUGACCGAGUAUGUGUCAAACAUCCCGAAGCCCGGGGGUUGUGAAGUGGAGGUGCAAUACAAGAGUGGAUCGCCGGGGGAGAUGGAACACUGGCUCGGAAGGCGGCGGCGCCGUACCCCCGGGCUGGUGUGGACGGAACAGGCUGACGGUGACCUGGGCAACAAGAUGAGGACAGCCGUACUUCGAAAGUUUAAACAGGGCCUAGAGAACGUUGUCAUCGUCGGAGGCGAUAUCCCGAGGAUAACUAAAAACGAACUACACGAGGCUUUCACCAAACUACGUGCGGACCAAAACAUGGUGUUAGGGAAAGCAGAGGAUGGCGGUUACUACCUGGUGGGGUUCAACAGAACGGCGACUAAAUAUAUGUCGAACAUCUUCAAGGAUAUUGAGUGGGGUAGCAGUCGGGUGUUUCAACAACAGAGUGAUCAAGCCAAGCUGUGUAGCGCAAACCUCGGGGUCCUGUCUACGGUCCUCAGUGAUGUGGACACGGAACCGGAACUUGUUGAGUUUGAGAAAGAAGUUGGUAUCAGAAGGUCAGAGGUUAUGGAUGGCACGUGGAGCAUUGUCAUACCUGUCCUAAACGAGUCUGGUGGAAUAUGCAAAACUCUUACGUCCAUUGUACAGAAUUGCAGUGACGUCAGCAGCAUUAAAGAGGUGAUAGUCUGUGACGGAGGUAGUACCGAUAACACCCGUGACGUCAUCAGUGAGUUUGGACGGACGUCACCUAUCAUCAUCAGACUCAUCCACAGCCCGCCAGGUCGUGGAUUCCAACUUCGAUCGGGUGCCUACGAGGCCCGCAGUGAGUACGUGAUGUUUAUACACGGAGAUAGUAUCCUGCCACAAAACUAUAACGAGGCUGCCUUCCGGUGUCUCCGGCAGCCCGGAGUGGUGGCGGGAGCCUUCCGGUUCGGCCUCGACCUUGUCCACAGUAAAGUCUUUACCUCGCAAGACAGAGCAUUGAGGACAAAACUGUAUUGGCUCGAGAAGUUCGUGGCCUGGCGCUGUGGAAAUCCAGCUGAGCUUCCUUUCGGAGACCAGGGUCUAUUCAUGCGCAGAGAAACGUAUAUUAAAUCUGGAGGAUAUCCGAAGCUCUAUUUGAUGGAGGAUUUUAUUUUGGUUAACAAGUUAAAGGAUUAUGGCCAUGUUGGAUCGGCAGAUUGUGGACCGCUACUGACAUCCUCGAGACGCUGGCAGAAGUGGGGGUUUAUCAGAAUAACUGCAACCAACCAUUUCCUUAUCACGUGCUACAAAUACGGAGUUGAUGCCAAUACGUUAGCCAAAUGGUAUUACGGUGACAAACUGAAAACGCAAUGAUAUUCGAAGGAAAAGACUCAAAUCCGAGAAAAAAAAUUUCGGAAGGAAAGACUCCAAACUUAAUGAUAGUCGAAAGACUCGGAAUACAAAUAUGUCUAAAAUUUCAGUGAUGUUUGGAUCGGUUGAUGCUCAAUUCCAAAAUAAAACAAUGAUAGCGAGUCAGAGCCGGACCAAGGUGCUGCGUCAGGGUCUUUGAAGCGUUUGUAUUGAAUCAGAACUCUGUCGUCUGGAGAAAGUUCAUAUUGUUUUAAAUAUGAAUCUUUCGUCGACUGUGUACUUAUGUUUUGGAUAACGUAGGUUUUAUGCAUUUACAUAAUCUGGAUUUGCUAAUAAAAAUGAAGUAUUA